GUGUGUGUGUGUGUGUGUGUGUGUGUGUGUGUGUGUGUGUGUGUGUGUGUGUGUGUGUGUGUGUGUGUGUGUGUGUGUGCGUGUGUGUGUGUGUGCGUGUGUGUGUGUGUGUGUGUGUGUGUGUGUGACUGCACUCUGAGGGUUGCGAUUUAACUGACCGUUUAAAUUGUGUAAUUUGAUACAGAUAUUAAGCUUAUGCUUAUGAUUUUCUAUUGCGUAUAGUCUCAUGGUCUACCGUUUGACACUGGUUUCUUGUAGGGUUAUGUUUUUCAUUGGGCGGGUUUUAACUUGUUCCGCAAUCAAGAGUUAAGUUUCGGUUUCCCAGGACCAUGGACGCGGCACAGAUGGUACGCGGGGUCCCGUUGAGUACGCUUUGUCCAAAGUUUCUCCACACCAACUCUACCAGCCACACCUGGCCCUUCAGUGCUAUUGCUGAACUUAUAGACAACGCAUACGACCCUGAUGUCAAUGCCAAACAGAUAUGGAUUGAUAAAACCCAGAUCAAAGACAUGGAGUGUCUCACCUUCAUGGAUAACGGAAACGGACUUAGCUCUGACAUGAUGCAUAUGAUGCUCAGCUUUGGAUACAGCGACAAAAAAGCUGUCAACGGCAAACAUCCCAUUGGAAUGUAUGGCAAUGGUUUCAAGUCUGGCUCAAUGCGUCUGGGCCAGGAUGCCAUCGUUUUAUCCAAAUCAAAGAAUGACCUGUGUGUUGGCAUGCUGUCACAGACUUACCUGAAGAAGAUUGGAGCCAAGCAGAUCACUGUGCCCAUCAUAAGCAUUAAGAAACCUGAAGCAAAACACUUCAGUGUGAUGGAGGAGCACCUGGCCAGUCUGAGGGACAUACUGGACCACUCACCCUUCAACACUGAGGAAGAGCUGCUCACUGAGCUCCGAGCUAUCGAGUCAUCCUGCUCCAGCACCGGGACCCGGAUCAUCAUCUGGAACCUCCGCAGGACGACUGCAGGGAAUAUGGAGUUUGAUUUCAACACAGACCGCUAUGAUAUCCGCAUUCCCUCUGAUGUCCUUAAAUCAACGACUGAACCAAACCAAAGACCAGGGCGACAAGACUAUUCAGUCCCUGAGAGUGAAUACUCGUUGCGUGCAUACUGCAGCGUCCUCUACAUGAAGCCUCGUAUGCAGAUCAACAUUCGAGGACAGAAGGUGAGGACUCAGCUCAUCUCUAAGAGCCUGGCCCACAUCGCAAGAGAAAUGUACAAGCCUUUUUUUGUCAAACAAAAAAUCCCCAUCACCUUUGGGUACAACACGAAGAGCAAGGAGCAUUAUGGCCUCAUGAUGUACCACAAGAACCGACUCAUCAAGGCCUAUGAUCGUGUCGGCUGUCAGCUAAACGCUAGCAACAAGCAAGGCAUCGGAGUCAUUGGUGUGAUUGAAUGUAAUUUUCUGGAACCGACUCACAACAAACAGGACUUUGACAACACCGAUAAGUACAGGAACACCAUCAGAAAUGUGGCAACCAAGUUAGAAGAAUACUGUAAAGAAAUUCGGUUUAAGAGAAAGAACAGCAACCGCAGCAACAACGUACCCAUUGAGGAGGAAGAAAAACGCCCGGAUCAGAACUGGGCCCAGUGUGAUAAGUGUCAGCAGUGGCGGAGGAUGCCGGAUGGAAUUAACAACGAUAAACUUCCUGAAGAGUGGUUCUGCUACAUGAACCCCGACCCUCAGUUCAGGCGCUGUGAGACGAUGGAAGAGCCAGAGGACUCUGAUUCAGAGCAGCCAACAAACCCUAAGACCUAUAAGAUACAGGAGAAGGAGGAAAAAAAGAAACAAGAAGAGAUGAAAGAAUUCAAAAAGUUUCAGGAAGAGAAAAGGCAACGGGAGCUUCUUCUCAAAGCCGAGUCCCUCAGAAGACUGAAGGAGGAGAGGGAGUGGAGAAAAAUGACCUCCACCCCGAACACACCACAGACACCAGGAAAGGGCGCUUCAGCAUCUGGUGUGUCCACUAGCAGCAGUCAGCCGGUAAUAACAGCUGUAUUCUCGCUGUUAACCCCCUCAAGACGGAAGAGGCUGCAGCCUACGACUCCACAAAACGAAGCCAAAAGACAGAAACUGGACGGUCUCAAGAGAAAGUUAGUCACAGAUAUGAGUCCGAGCAGCUCUACGACCCCACCAACCCCUGUCCCUUACAAGGACUUAAACAUUGACGACAACCUAUUGGAGGGCAGCAGUACUCCUGCACCGACGGAGCCCACCCUCCACCCGGUUGGAGUGAGGACAGAGAGUGACCCAAAGGUUCCCGUUUACGGGAUGGCCUUCAGCCAUGCAGCCUUGGAGGCAAGAUCUACAGGAAAUUAUGCCAUGGAGGAGAUGAGGGACAAAUGCACCCAGAUGCAAGGACCACGAGUGAAGGAUGAGGAGGAGAUGAACAGCAGCACAGCGGCUAACGAUGGAGCUAAAGUUAUGGAGGAGGGAAUGAUUAGCAUCAUCCAGGCCCAGGAAGAGCAAGACCAGCUCAUGGAGCUCCUGCAGUCUGUGUCCAACGAGAGGGACUCCUUCAAAGAGAAGGUUAAGGAGCUCCAUAAACAACUAGAGUUGGAGAAGCAGUGUGCAGACUGUCAGACAGCCAGAGAGAAGGCAGAGAAGCUGAGCAGAGAAAAAGAGGCGUUACUGGAGACCCAUUCCCGCCAUAACCAGGAACAUGCAAAGCAUUUUGAAGACUUGACGUGUAGAUUGGAGAGAAGCAGCAACGAGGUGAAGCAGUUGGAGGAGGAGAAAGCCACCAUUUCUGCUGAGUGUGAAAAGAACAAGUCAAGUCUGACAGAGCUCAAAAAUAAAAUGGCUGACCUUUUAAACUGUACCAAGUGAACUACGAGUGCAUUGAGGAGAUAUUGGAACAGGUACACCAUAGCAAUGGUCCUACUUCACAGCUAUACCAUUGACUAAUGUUGGUUACAAAGCUGUUUGGGGUUAACUCUCCACCUAUCUCACCUCACUGCCUUUCAGGUAGGUCAAUGGAUGUAAAGCAAGGUCACAACCUUCAGUGUCCUUCAGAGUCCCACAGCCACCUUUUGGAUUUUGGCAAAGACAGCGUUUAGCUAUAAUAACAUAUACCAAGUAGUUGGCUAGGCUCCUGGAUGACCUCAGCCUGUAAGAGUUUGUCUCGAUUCCUGCUUUAUUACCUUUUUUAUGAUUAUAAUAUUGUAAACUGCUCAUAUUUUGAUUACUCUGUUUGAAAAUUUCAUUCUAAAUAUUGUUUUGUAAGGGCCCUGAUGUAAAAAAGAUUUUGAUCUCAGACCAGUCUCCAUAAAUAAAUCAGAAAUGAAAAUUAGGGCUGGGCAAGGUAACACGUUAAUAAUGCGUUAAUGCAAUAUUAUUUUAACACAAUAAAUACAAAAUACAAAACGCAUUAAUGCACAUUCUCUUUAUUUAUUCUUCUUUAUUUAUUUUUUGCCCACAGAAUGUCAACAUUCAUAUCAGAAAUAAUUGUGUUUUUUAGUUCCACUUACUUUACAUUCAAUGACAAUUGUACUAAUUAACUGCCUGUUUACAAUUCCCAAAUCUGUGGUGUUCCGUAAGUUUCAUAUUCAACCAACACUGAGUGAGUCAAUAAAACUCUCAAGGUCA